AUGUUGAGAGCAACAGAUAUCAUGAUAAUAAUUACAGCCAUCAGUUUAGACAACCAUGAGACUCGACCAUAUUAUGACAACAUAAGAUUAAACAACCAAAAUAACUAUCAUUUUCCAAGACGAAAUUAUGAUAGAUUUUGUCAUCAAAAUAGAUGGGAAACCUCUUAUAUUCCUUUCAAUAAUCACGACACAGGAGAUAACAAUAAUAAUAGAUUUAAUAUUAACAACAAAGCACAUGAUAAUAAUUAUAAGCCUUUUAAUGAUUUCAAAAACUACAACAGAUUUGACAACACCAGACAACCGUUUCAUAAUUUUAGAGAUUAUAAUAGAUCUAACGUGCAUCAACAAUUUUACGAUCGUGACAAUAAAAAUUACAUGAAUCAUAAUCCUAAACACCAAGUACCUUAUUCAAACAAAAUUAAUACAGUUGAUAUAGAAGAGAUCGAAGACGACAAAAUCAUAUCAAUCGAUAAGAAAGAUUAUGAUUUGUUAAAUAUUGAUAUAAAUAACGUAGAAAACGAAGUAAUAAAUGUUAAAGAUGACGCAUACAUGGUGAACAUAAAAAUUAAUAACAUCUUGACUUCACUACAAGUGGAUACGGGCACGAAAUUCACAAUUCUACUAAAAUAUAUGAUUGAGAAAGUGGGCAUAAAAAACAUUAAGAAGUCCAACAUUCAGUUAUCUGGUUACGACGGCAAGACCAUACAAGUGAUAGGCUCAACGCGAAAUGUAGAAUACGAAGGAAGUUCUCAAAUUUUAGAUGCAUUGAUAAUAAACAGUAACAAGAUGCCUUUAUUAGGAAGAUCUUGGUUGAAACAUUUUAAAAACAUACUUGAAAGAUUUAUAAGCUUAAUUGACACGGAUCAUAAAAACGAUUUGGCGGAAUUAAUAUCCAAUUGUAAGUCUAAAUUAAAUAAUAAACCUGUUAUAAAAACGCAAGUCAGGUUACGACUAAAGUUAAAUGCUAAGCCAAAAAUUAUACCACCGAGAAGGGUACCUUAUUCUAGAGCUGGAAAACAAAAUCAUCGAGCCGGUAAAAGUAGAUGGGCGAGUCCACUCACACCAGUUUUUAAAAACAAUGGGAGUCUCAGAUUGUGCACCGACUUUAAAGGCACAGUUAACCCAGCGCUUGAAGAUUUCAAAUACCCCAUACCUAGAAUUAACGAUCUGAUUGCCAAGUUAGCUGGAGGAAAAAAAUUUAGUGAUAACGAUGAGAUACAUUUGGAGAACAUUAAAAAAGUAUUCGAAAAGAUCAUCAAGUAUGGAUUAACCCCCAAUUUCGACAAGAACAAACAUGGUAUACAUCCCCACGACGAUAAAAUAAAAGCAAUUAUAGAUACCGGAACCAAAAAAUUCAGAAGAAUUAUCUACCUUCUUAGGCAUGGCGAGCUAUUACCUCAACCUCCCACAUUAAACUUUUUCAAUCCUGAUUUACUCAUAGGUAUAGCCGCGGAUGCAUCUAACCGCGGUUUGGGAUAUUUCACUUAG